UAUGGUAUUUUCAAUGGGGGAAUCUAUGCCCAUUACUCAUUUUGAGUUGUUGGGUCCUCAGUUCAUAAUAUUUCUAUUGGAUAAUAUUGAAAAUCCCCCUGAUACUGACAUUGAUGAACAGAUUCCCGAUCUCUUCCUGAAUCUUGUCAUAUCAUAUAACUUACAAUUUAAAAGUAAAUCUGAAAAUAUUGUCAUAAAUGCUCUUCAGAAAACCAUAUCUGCAAAAAGUUUUACUGAAAGAAUUCUUUGGUUAUUAAACAGGGAAGAGGACCCUGUAAGAAUCUUUGACCAUGAACCAGCACCACCACACUCUGUUCUAAAAUUAUUUUUAGAUCUCUUUAAUAACGAAAAUACGGCUGAUUUAUUUUAUACAAAUGAUAUAAAAGUUCUAAUUGAUAUUGUUGUUCGUAACAUUGCAGAUUUGUCUCCAGGUGAUAAUAGAAGGCAACAGUAUCUGGAGUUAUGUCGCUUAAUAUUAAGAAACACAAAUUAUCACGAACAUUUACAUCGAAGGGAAGAGUUUUUAAAGUGCUUUACAAGAAUCUUCUGUGAGGAAACAGAACAAAGUAAACCCGACCAAAAUAUAGUAAAAGCUAUUUUAAACGAGUUUCCCCAAUAUUUCAAGUAAUCUCGUAUUGUUUUAAAGUAUUCUAUAUAUAUAUAUAUUUGCUGUGAUACGAAAGACGGCUGAUAAAUGAACAAAAUGUAUACUGCAAUAUUUUUUUACAUUAUUUUACGUACAUUUUAUGUUAACCAUUUUAUACACAUAUAUACAUAGUAUAUACCUUUUACACAUGUAUUCAUUGGCUUUUUAAUAUAAUUUUGCACAAUUUAUUUUUUAUUUUU